GCCCGCUUGCCCGGCCGGCGCCGGGCCCCGGAUGCAAGAGGCCGGCGGAGGGACGUCAUUGUUCCCCGACGGGCUGAAACAGGAGGCGGAGCGGGCCGGGCUGAGGUGGGGGCUGCGGCGAGGGGGACCCGGCAGCGCCGAGUCGAGCGGGGCCGAGCCAGGUAAUGGGGCCGGGGGGAGCGGCGGGCCCGGCACGGCCCGGCAGCGCCGCGUGCGCCUCCCGCCUGGAAAUCAAUGGGCCGGGGGGAGGGGCCGGCCCGGGAAAAGGAAGGGGAAGCGCCCGGCGGCAGCCGCCGGCUCGGCUCGGCCCGACCCACCCCACCCCGCCGGGCGCUCGUCCGCUGCCCCGCGGGCGGCCGGAGGGGGUGGGACCACCGGGCGGGGCGGGGCGCCGCUCCCGGCACCCGGCACAGCGAUACAGCGGCACAGCGACCCAGCCCCGCGCCGUCGCCGCCCUCCGGGCCGCCGGGACCGGCCGUCUCCCGCCGCUUUCUGUUACGCGCCGGGUCCCGCCCGCCGCCUGCCUCUCCGUCCUCCUUCCGCCGCCGGCGUGCGGACCCGGCACCGCGUCCCGCGUCCGGGAGGGUUUCGCGUCGCCCAAAUGCCGCGCGGCGGCGCCCCGUUGUUCCCGCCCGGCACGGAGCCGGCCGCCCUCACGCCCCGCCGCCGCCCGCGCGGGGGGUCCCGGCUCGCCUCGCCGCCCCACCCCCCCGGCGCCGUGGAACCUGGCCCCGCCUUCCCCGCCCCGUUGCCAUGGUCACUGUCUCUCCGAUGGGCGAGCCCUUCCCCGCUCCAGCCGCCGUCAGGCCGUGAAGCGCGGUGUGUUGAGGAAAAGUCCGCUGAGGCGAAAGUGCAGAGAUAACACCUGAAACGCAAAGCGUGUCCGUUUAUGUUCGGAGUGGUGUAGGAGCAGAGCGCGUAUGUUUUAAAUACGUUGUUGAAACAUUUUCCCUUUCAAUCAGAAAAAAAGGAGAUGUCACUGGUAUCUGCAGUUUGAAGACUGGAUCUUAUCUGAAAGUCACUGAGCCCAGGCGCUGCCGCCUUAGUCUUCCCGUAGGACAAGGAUGCCUUCGUUUCUCAGUUAAAUGAAUUUUUUAGUUUUGCAUAUUGUUUUCUUUGAAAUGGAAAAUGUAUAUGGAGUGGGUUUGAGAUGAAUGUUUAACUGAAGAUUUAAAGAGAGAAAUAUGUAAUUAGAGGCUAUGCACACAAGCUGUCAUUUCUGGGACUCAAAGAAGUUCUCAAAUUUACUGUGCUUUGUUCAUUGUAUCAUAAAUCUAAUAAAUAGCAAACAACUUUUGCCAUAAAUCUGAAGCCACUUCACGCUGUUCUGUCACUCCAGUGUAAGGAACGAGCUGAUGGUUUAACCCCCCCUAGGUUGGUUCCCUACACCUAACGUAUGUGCUGCAGUAGGACAGCAGCAAUCAUUUACCCAUAGACGGUGAUAACUCCUCACGUCAGUGUUCAGCUCCUUACUGCAUAUACACAAUUACACGUCUUUAACGUGGUGUCAUCUUGAAACCUAAGCAGCGUUUCAGAAAGGACUUUAAAUCAGUUAUUGACAUCAUCCUUGAGGGCUGAGGGUCUGUUUUAUCGUUUCCUUUUCAUAGCUUACAUUCCUCUGUUGUUUUACAGCAGGAAAAUACAACUUUACAAAGUGGAACUGAAACAGAUAGCCCAAAAAGCAUCUAAGUUUCCAGUUUAUAGUAGGAGUUGUGAGUCUGAUAUGAACAAUGACCAUAGUUAAGCCAAAAUCUUCUAAGUCUAAAAAAUCCUCAUCGAGGCGAUCUGGUAAAUCCAAGAAGCCCAGUGCUAAAAAUAUGAAGUCACGCACUGCAAAUUGGGGCCGGAUACCACCUGCAAAAGAUCCGAACCAGGUCUCUGUGAACCAAGGACGUGGAGGUGCUAUUUAUUGUAGGUCAUCCGAAAAAUCUAAACCUUUUGCCCUUAGAGAUUUAGUCAUUAAUGAUGGAAUUGCUCCACCACAAAGGAUUCUUUUUCCACCUGAGAAGAUUUGUAUGGAUUGGCAGCAAACACAAAAUGUUGGAGUUGGACUCUUCAAUCUUGGCAAUACGUGCUUUAUUAAUUCUGCUCUACAGUGUUUGACCUACACACCCCCGUUAGCCAACUACAUGCUCUCCCUUGAGCACACCCAGUCGUGCAAUUAUCAAGGCUUUUGCAUGAUGUGCACUAUGGAAACUCACAUUAACCGAGUCCUGUGUUGUGCUCACGAUGCCAUCAAGCCUGCAUUUGUUGUCCAUGAACUUAAACGAAUUGGAAAACAUUUCCGUUUUGGCGCUCAGGAAGACGCGCACGAGUUCUUACGCUUCACUGUUGAUGCUAUGCAGCAAGCCUGUUUGCAUGGAUGUACCAUAUUAGACAGAUCUUCUCAAGCAACCACCAUCAUUCAUCAAAUAUUUGGAGGAUUUCUAAGAUCCAGAGUAAAGUGCUUGAACUGCAAAGCAGUUUCGGAUACAUACGAGGCAUUCCUUGAUAUACCUCUGGAUAUAAAGACAGUUUCAUCUGUUACCAAAGCUCUAGAACAAUUUGUGAAACCCGAACAGCUGGACGGUGAAAAUUGCUAUAAAUGUAGCAAAUGCAAGAAGAUGGUGCCAGCAUCAAAGAGAUUUACAAUACAUCGCUCUUCCAAUGUUCUCACGAUAUCACUGAAAAGAUUUGCAAAUUUCACGGGUGGAAAAAUCAACAAGGAAGUAAAAUACCCUGAGUAUUUGGAUCUUCGAGCUUAUAUGUCUCAAUCAAUUGGAGAACCACUCAUUUAUGCCUUAUAUGCCGUUUUAGUACAUAGUGGUGUCAAUUCUCAUGCCGGACACUAUUUCUGCUUCAUAAAGGCUGCUGAUGGACUUUGGUAUCAGAUGAAUGAUGCUUCAGUAGUGCAAAGUAACAUCAAAACAGUUCUUGGUCAGCAAGCUUAUUUACUGUUUUAUAUCAGGCGCUACGAUUUGACACUUGGAGAACGUGCUUUUUACUUACCAGCACCGUCUUAUCCCCGUUCAUUCCUUGGCCAGAGGGGGACUAAUAGUAAGCAGGCUGGCUUUAUGGGACCACGACUUCCUCCUCAUAUGAUUAAGAAUUCAAGUCGUUUAAAUGGAAAUGGAUCUUUAAAAGAGGAUCCCAAUACAGUUGGUGUCACCUUAAAAAGGCCAUCUUCAGCUCCACCCACAGCUUGUGUUCAAAACUGGGCCAUUACCAGGCCUUCCAUUACUGACCCAUCAAAAAAACAGAAGAUCACUAUCAGUAUUCAUAACAAAUUGCCUGCACGUCAGACCGUGUCACAGCCUGACUGUCUCCGUGCUCUGGAGGAGGAGGAGGAGCUAAACAAGUCUGUUCCUUCGUUCACAGUUACAAAUUCUUCUGCAGCAGAGUCUACCUCAAAUGCAUCUACAAUGUUAUUUGCUACUAAUAUUUCAGAAGUUCCGGAUGAAAUUUUUGUUGAGCCAGUGGUGAAUGGAAAUCCUAAACUCAGCUCUGAUAACAUGGUCUCUUAUGGUACAGAAUCUUCAGGAAAACCUGAGGACGAGUCUUCAAAGGGCUUAUUUACAAGGAAUUGCAACAUUAUAUCUUCUAAUGGAAUUUUGAUUGGAAAGGUCUGUACACUGCAGAACUCCUAUUCUUCGUGUCAGAAUGCUGAAGAGGAAAGAUCCAAACAUGAGCUGCCAAAAAAUGAUUCACUAAAUGGUGCUAAUAGUUUAGAUAAUGAACCUAAAGAAAAUGGACUGAAACUUGAUGAUUCCAGUUGCCAAGUCCCACCUGUUAAACCUUCCGAAAUGUUAUUUCCUAAAACCAAUGGAGUGCUUGAAACAAUGCCUAUAGCUUUGUCUCCAGACCCUCAAGAGAUAAUCUUAGAUUCCUUUACAUACGGCCAGUUGAACAGCUUGUCAGAGGAAAUAAGUGUCCCUGGACCUCAGAAAUCUUCUGAGAACGAUUCUCUUAUGGAAACAGUAGUGAUGGAAGCGCUGUUGGUCUAUGAAGAAUCCAGGAAACUUCCCUGUGACUUGAGCUGUGAGGCUGGGAAUCUUUUUAUUCAAUCAGAUUCUGAAACCAUUUCUACCAAAGAAGUUGUUGCUGAAAGUAUUAUGACAAAAGCUGAUAAUGCACAACUCAAUAUCAAUGGUCAGCACAAGGUUAGGAAAAGAUCCUUGGACACUGAAGAUGAAUUCCUUGAAAAUUUUGAGUCUGAAGACAGUGAUGACAAAGACAAACCUAGAAGAUCAAAAGAACCUGAUCUCAUUUCAAAAGAAAAUCCUUUGUAUAUCAAAGGGUCUCCUGAGACUGAAGAGGAAUUAGGACAGGCUUCCUCUAUAAAGUCUGAUGUUGAAUGUAGUUCUAAAAAACCUGCAUGUCUGGAUACUGCAGAUAAAUGCCAAGAUACAAAGGACAUAUCUAAUAACUAUGUAGAAGUACCACCUGUUAAUGACUCUUCUAUUACAAAGCUGGAUAAAGUUUUGGAGAGUCAAUUUUCUAGAGAAAAUGAGGGACCAACUAAUAGGAAUUGUGAAGAAAAUAAGCAUAGGAAAAAAGAUAAACAUAUAUAUGAGUCUAAAAAAACUGACAAAGAGCACUACCGAAGAAAAAGAGAACACUCUGAUACAGAGGAGAGAGAGAAGCAAAACAGCAAACCAGAUGGUCAUUCCCACAAGAGGAGGUGCUCUCGUAGUGUGGAAACAAAUAAGCAAAAUCGUCGUAAGCAGGAUUAUUGCAAUGGAAACAAAUACAGAUCUUCCUAUACCGAAAGAAGCAGCCCUGAUGUCAGCAGAAACUCAGGGAAAUAUUCUCAUUACAGAUCUCGAAGCAGAGGACGAGAACAAGGUAGGAAUAGAUACUACCAUUCCAAAGGAGAGAGAACUUGGAGCAGAGAAAGGUACUAUCAAGAUGAACCCUGGAGAUGGCAAAAAUGCAGACACUACAAUGAUUACUAUUAUUCUCAUGCAAAAGGAGAUAGUCGAGAAAGAAAGUUCUCCCAUUACAAUAAAGAUUUUGACAGAUCAAGUCAAGCUUACAGCAGGUCACAUAAGGAUUAUCAUUACAAAAGCAGACGGCCUCACCACUCACUCUCUAGAGAGGAGGAUGUACGUCACUUUAGCAGCCACAGAGCGGACUCCCGGCACUGUUCAGUACCUCAGCAGCAAUCUGAGAAGUAUUCUUAUGAAAGACAUAUACUUCCACCUGUGUUAACUCAUUUACGUUUUGAGGACUCUUCCCCAAAAAAUGAAAAACAAAGCUACAGAAAAAGGAAAUAUGCAGACAGCAGUGAAAGUGAAACAGAAAGGAAAAGCAGAAAGAUAGAAAAAGAGGUUUUGGAUGAUGAAAAGAUGAAAAAAUACAAGAAAGUCAAGAAGAAAAAGAAGUCCAAAGAUAAACAUCGAGAGAAGGAUUACAAACUUUAUGAUUCGGAUUUCUCUGUGCUCCACUUUGACAAUGACAAUCGCAGACGUAAGAAAAAAAAGAAAAAGAAGAAACACAUCAGGAAAUUGAAAGGCUUCUUGGAAUAUUUAGAUCCUCGUUUCCUGAAGAAAACAUGGGAGAAGGAAGGAUCUUGCUCUCCUGCUGACUGUUUACGUGAGCAAUACAGAAAUGAGGGCAGUAAACAACCCGACAAGGAAGGGAAGCCUUCUUCCUGUGCCAGUGAAAUCGAGAACUACAUCUCCACUGCAUCCAAAGAGUAUAUUAAAGAUGCGGAUUACUGAUUGAAGCCUUCAGUACUCAAACAAAACUAAACUUCAGUACUCAAACUAACCUAAACUUCAAUACUCAAACUUCAAUACCCAAACUAAACCAACCAUCAAAGCCACCAACUUUUCACCAUCAAAGACAAACUCUUUCCACCAUCAGAACCAACUGCUUUAGCCAUCCCAAUGCUCCCAUCAGUGACUUUAACCAUCAAAAGCAUCCAAAUGCUCCCAUCAGUGACUUUAACCAUCAAAAGCAUCCAAAUGCUCCCAUCAGUGACUUUAACCAUCAAAAGCAUCCAACGCUCCCAUCAGUGACUUUAACCAUCAAAAGCAUCCAACGCUCCCAUCAGUGACUUUAACCAUCAAUCCAGACCAAGACCUUUAGCCAUCAACACCGACAACUCAACAUUAUCAAAACAACGCUAACCAUCAAAGCUUAGAAUUUAUCAAAACGGUAACGUUACCAUCGAAACAAAACCCAAUCAUAAGUGGUGCUUCAGAUUUCUGUGAAGAAUUUUACCAUGAAAGAACUUUUUUUUAGUUUUUAACUUGAGACUUUCUUUUUUAAAAUGUACUUCUAAUCCAAAAGAGUGGAAACUUUCUACAACUGCUGGACAUUGUAAAUUACCAUGUGAAUCUCACUGAAACUAAUGCCCUGGAAUAGAACAUCUCAAAUGCUGCUUAAUUACAGACUCAGGUUGAUUGUGUGUUAUUCAUGUAAUGUUACUCCAAGUUAGACAUCUGGUGCAAGAGCGACCAGGAAAACCACGGAAUUAUAAAAUCUGCAACUGACAGUCUGUAUAUUUAAUUUAAAGACUUAUUUAAGAUUUCUCAAGCUCUCCAACAACUGCAGAGUUCUGCAAGAGCUUCAUCCUUUUUCUGUGACGUCUGACACUAGAAACUAAUUUACUUCACAUCUUAAUUACACUCAAGAUCGGAAGAAAGUGUUCUGGUUUUCAGCAAGCGGAACGUAACCAUCAGAAUAUGCAGUUCUGAAUGUAUCUCUCAGACUAUUUGUAUACUCCCAUAUGUUUUUAUUACAUUUUUUUAUAGUGUCACUUGUCUCAAGUCUCAGUUGUUUGUUUCGUCUCUAAGGUUUCUAGUUACAGACAAAUUCAUACUGUGAUUUUAUUUUUUAUUAUUAAAUGCUAUCAAACUGUGAUGCACUUAUUAUUCACUGGUCCUGCAUCAGGAGAUGAGUGGGGAACCUGUAUUAAAUACAGUUCAUCUGAAUAAUCUGUCUGGUUUAUACAAGCUGUGUUGUUCAGAGAUGUCUAAAGUUUGAUCUUUGUUUUUUUAAAGAUAAAAAGCACUUGCCCCACUGUAAAUAUAUAGCAUGUAAAAUUUAUAUAGUAUAUAAAUACAGCAAAGUUAAAGUGAAUUUUUACUUGAGUUAUUUAACAUGCAAUAUGUCAUGUGAAUUGACAGCUUACCGAGUGUGUUUGAUAAUCAAGAAAUCAGAUCUUCCUUUUGGUGGUAGUGAGAAGAUGCUGUCGGUGUGCCCAGAGAAGAUAAGUAAUGGGGACUUCAGCUGCCUACACGAGGACGCAGAAGUCUUUCUUCUCUGGAGUUAGAAGCUUCCAAAAGCGGGCAGCAGGUCGGAAGCUCAGCAGUAGCUUCCUGCUCUGUGCAGCACUAAGGGAGGAGCGAGGUUGCGUUUUACUAAAUACUUUAAGUGAGAUUUUGGUACGUGGAGAACACCGUAAAGCCAAACCAUAAGUGUACCCUGCAUAAUGUUCCUAUGGCAACAGUUAUGUGAAGUUACAUAAAGUAACGUGACAAAGAAAACA